AUGAAUAUUCGUUGCGCUCGGCCAGAGGAUCUGAUGAGCAUGCAGAAUGCGAAUCUCAUGUGCCUUCCAGAAAACUAUCAAAUGAAGUAUUAUUUUUACCAUGCGCUCUCAUGGCCGCAACUUUCUUAUAUUGCCGAGGAUCAUAAGGGAAAUGUUGUUGGCUAUGUGCUAGCUAAAAUGGAGGAGGAUCCUGGAGAGGAGCCGCAUGGCCAUAUCACAUCGUUGGCCGUCAAACGAUCCUAUCGUCGUUUGGGUCUCGCCAAUAAGAUGAUGGAUCAAACCGCAAGGGCGAUGGUCGAGUCCUACAAUGCGCGUUACGUUUCGCUCCACGUGCGCGUUUCUAAUCGUGCCGCUCUAAAUUUGUACCAGAAUACGCUCAAGUUCGAGAUCAAUGAUGUUGAGCCAAAAUAUUAUGCCGACGGCGAAGAUGCUUACGCAAUGCGCCGCGAUCUCGUUAAAUGGUCGAUUGAUAACAAAAUCGAACCGGCCGACAAAGAAUCAUUCUUUGCCACAAAGACGAACGAGGAGAAGAAGAAGCAGCGGCAUUGA